CCUCGGCGGUUGGGAAGGGUGGUCGGCGGGGCGGCGCGGGCGGGGGGCUCUGCGCGGGGCGGCGCGCCGCUGUUUUGUCUCCUCCUCUCCCAGUGGAGCGGCUCGGGCAGCCGGGGAGGCCCCGGCUCCCUCCGGACGCCCGGCCAACGGCGGCGGCGGCGGCGGCUAGUCCGCGGCCCUGCCGGGAGGGAAGGCGACGCGGCGGUCUUCCCGGGCGACGCGGAGAACAGUAGUUCCAGAGAACUGCUGGUUUAUAUUUUUAACUCUUGCCAAGUUGUGAAAAUAGUGAAGGAUGCUUAGACUACUUAACAUUCAAAUUGCUCUCUGGUUAUUCAUCUUUAGAAGACUGGAUUUCUGGAUAUGUACUCCACUCCUUCUCUGUUGACUUUUAAAACAUGAUAGUGCAAACCUGUAACGCUGGCAAUCAUCCAUGAACCUUUAAUUACGUCGACUGAUUGCGUUUGAAGCUUCCUCAGGGAAUAAACAAUGACAUCAGCAGUAGUUGACAGUGGAGGUUCUGUUUUGGAGCUUUCCAGCAGUGGAGUAGAAAAUCAAGAGGAAAGUGGAAAGGUUUCUGAAUCUCCAGCAGUGGUUGUGGAACCAGUUCCAAGUGCCAGAUUAGAGCAGGGCUAUGCAGCCCAGGUUCUGGUUUACGAUGAUGAGACUUAUAUGAUGCAAGAUGUGGCAGAAGAACAAGAAGUUGAGACCGAGAAUGUGGAAACAGUGGAAGCAUCAGUUCAUAGCAGUAAUGCACACUGUACAGAUAAGACAAUUGAAGCUGCUGAAGCCCUGCUUCAUAUGGAAUCUCCUACCUGCUUGAGAGAUUCAAGAAGUCCUGUGGAAGUGUUUGUCCCUCCUUGUGUAUCAACUCCAGAAUUUAUCCAUGCUGCUAUGAGGCCAGAUGUCAUUACAGAAACUGUAGUGGAGGUGUCAACUGAAGAAUCUGAACCAAUGGAUACCUCUCCUCUUCCUACAUCACCGGAUAGCCAUGAACCAAUGAAAAAGAAGAAAGCUCAAAGGGCUUCGCAGAUUAUCAGAUCCUCUGCAAUCGUUGGCCGUAAACCAAAGACCCAGCAGUCGCCGAUUUCCAAUGGGUCUCCUGAGUUAGGUAUAAAGAAGAAGCCCAGAGAAGGAAAAGGAAACACAACCUAUUUGUGGGAGUUUCUUUUAGAUCUACUUCAAGAUAAAAAUACUUGUCCCCGGUAUAUUAAGUGGACUCAGAGAGAAAAAGGCAUAUUCAAGCUUGUGGAUUCAAAGGCUGUCUCUAAGCUUUGGGGAAAGCAUAAGAACAAGCCAGACAUGAACUACGAAACUAUGGGACGAGCUCUGAGAUAUUAUUACCAAAGGGGUAUUCUUGCAAAGGUUGAAGGACAGAGGCUUGUAUAUCAGUUCAAGGAUAUGCCCAAGAACAUAGUGGUCAUAGAUGAUGACAAAAGUGAAACCUGUAAUGAAGAUUUAGCAGCAGCUGCUGAUGAAAAAUCAUUAGAACGAGUGUCACUGUCUGCAGAAAGUCUCUUGAAAGCAGCAACUUCUGUGCGUGGUGGGAAAAACUCAUCUCCGCUAAACUGCUCCAAAGCAGAGAAGGGUGUAGCUAGAGUUGUGAACAUCACUCCCCCUGGUCACGAUGCUUCGUCCAGGUCUCCUCCUACUACCGCAUCUGUAUCAGCAACAGCAGCUCCAAGGACAGUUCGUGUGGCAAUGCAAGUGCCUGUUGUAAUGACAUCGUUGGGGCAGAAAAUUUCCACCGUGGCCGUUCAGUCAGUUAACGCAGGCGCCCCACUGAUAACCAGCACCAGCCCAACAACGGCGGCCUCCCCGAAGGUAGUGAUUCAGACAAUUCCUACUGUGAUGCCAGCCUCCACUGAAAACGGAGACAAAAUCACCGUGCAGCCUGCCAAAAUCAUUACCAUCCCAGCCACACAGCUCGCCCAGUGUCAGCUGCAGACAAAAUCAAACCUGCCCGGAUCAGGAAGCAUUAACAUUGUUGGAACGCCCCUGGCGGUGAGAGCGCUCACCCCGGUUUCAAUAGCCCACGGCGCGCCUGUCAUGAGGCUGGCAGUGCCUCCGCAACAGGCCUCUGGCCAGACUCCUCCCCGAGUGAUCAGCGCCGUCAUAAAAGGGCCAGAGAUUAAAUCGGAAGCAGCGGCCAAAAAGCAGGAACAUGAUGUGAAAACUUUGCAGCUGGUGCAGGAAGAAAAACCGGCAGAUGGAAAUAAGACGGUGACCCACGUAGUGGUUGUCAGUGCGCCUUCAGCCCUUGCCCUUCCUGUAGCUAUGAAAACGGAAGGACUGGUGACGUGUGAGAAAUAAAAGAGCAGCUCUCCCACGGACGUAAGGAUGUUAGUGAUAGUCCUGACAUGAAGCAUUUGCAAGGGUGGCAUCAAGCGAAGUCAAAAGACUUUAAAACAUUUUUAAUGCAUAUAAGAAAACAAUCAAACUUACUGGAAAUAAAUUACCUAUCCCAUGUUUCAGUGGGAAAUGAACUACAUGUUGAGACGCU